CCCUACACCUGCACAACACCUCAAAGAAGAAGGCCCUGUCCUACACACAGCUCCCCCUGGGAAUCUAAAUGAAGAGGACGAUGAGGAGGAGCGCGAGGGAAGCCAACUGGUGUCUGUGUCUGAAAUGAGUGGAACCACCCAGCCCACCGAGGAGUCCCGCCCUGGGUCCGGGGGGCCGGUCGGAGGCGCCGCCUGGAAAGCUGGAGGAGGCUUGCUCUCCGAGCUGGACUCUGAGGAGGUGAGUGGGAGCCAGCAGGGGGCCUCUGAGCUGAGCGCGCCUGGCGUUCUGGAGGGCACGGAGAGCACGGACGACCUGGGAGACGGCAGCCUCAAAGGAGCCAUCGACAUGGAGGGAGCCUCGGCGGGGUCUCCGGACUUCGAGAAGGUUCCAGACAUUCCCGCUAAUGACUUUGAGGAGGACGACGACAGCGACCGGGUGUGUGACAUGGAAGUAGGCUCCGAGCGCAUGGACGAGCCGCGUAGGGCCCGGCACGACAACGAUGUGGAUGAAGAUGAGGACGACGAUGAUGUGGAGAUGGCCAGUGAAGGCGUGACGGAGAGCGGGCUGGAAAGCUAUGGAAACGCAGAUGAGGAUGACUUUGCUGAGGAUGAGAGGCUGGAUAACUUGAACAGGGUGCUCCAGCCACCCCCUCCUCCACCUGUGCUGCCCUCCGCCCCGGCUGCCCAGUGGGACCAACCAAACCCGUUCGCUCAUCCGUGGGCAGAACCCCUCCAGUCACACGUUCCCCUACUUCCAGAAGAAGCUGCAGCUGGAGCCUUGGCAGAUCCCUUACCGGCAGACUCAGAGGCUCCGACUCUAACCCCAGCACAGGCCUGGCUAGACGUGGGAUCGGCACCUUCUGCUCUUGACAGACAGGACGUUCCUCAUCAUUCAUCUCUGCCAAACGAGCCCCAGAAGGCGGAACCUCAGAACCCAGCCUCCGUCUCAGCCCCGGGAAGCCCAGUUGAGGGAAAGAUGAGCACGCCUGAGGACCGGGGUGACCAAAAUCAUGAAGGGAAGCUCCAACCUCACGCUUUAGAAGUAUUGGCACAUUCCUCACAGCCUGACCGAGCUCAGAACCCUGACAUUCAAACAGAGAGAGAAGACGAGGAAGAGGAGGAGGAGGAUGCUGAACCGGAGACCCUGCCUGCUGAUGAAGUUCUUGGAGGCCCCCCAACAGCCCCUGCUUCCAACCCCUCCUCCUCCUCUGCAACGGAGGAUGAGGCGAGUGACACAGAGGGAGAAGCUCAGCUGGAGGAAUCCUCUGCUCCUCCAGCUGAAGCCUCAGUUGUCUGCAACCUGACUUUUGACACGCCCCAGCGCUGCCUGUCCACCGUGGAGGAGGGAGAGGAGGCGGAGAGCGGAGCCACGCCACUGUCGGCAGCUUCGUUGGCGUCCUACGUCUUUGACUCCGUCGCCACAGCGUCAAACUCCAACGCCCAGUCUACCGGCGAAAGCUGCAUCAGGAGCCCCGGCAUCUUCUCCCUGGAGGAGCUUCCCGAGGAGGCCAAGGAGCCCGGCCUCAACCAGGAGCCCCACACACAGCAAUGUCCCGCUGAGCAGCCGUAUAUUGAGUGUGGGAAGCAGGAAGCGGAGCUAGCCGAGCGUGUGGAGACACGCGAGCGUGGAUGUAAAGAAGCACCGGAGAAGCCAGAGGAAGUGCCAGAUGACAUCCAGCCUCAGUACUAUUCUAUCUGCGAAAAGACUGACGACUCUUUUGCAGGCUUCGCUGCCAUGGCACACCCGCACCGCCGCGACCACUCCUCCUAUCCCAGAACCUUCUGCGACAUCGUCAAGCCCGUCGGCGCCGCCGCCGCGCCGCCCAAGCUGAGCUGCGCCGAUCUCCCCCCCAGGAGUCCCGGGCAGCAGGCGCUGAGCCCCCAGCUCCGCCGGCUGGAGCAGCAUCACAGACAGCUGCUGGAGCUGCAGCAGCGCAGGGAGCAGCAGAGCCGGCCGCUGGAGGAGGCCGAGCAGGAGAGGAAGAGGAGGGUGGAGGAGGAGCAGAGGAGGAAGAAGGAGGAGGCCGAAGAGGAGAUAAAGAGGAAUAAGGCGGAGGAGGAGCGGAGGAGGACGGAGGCCGAGGUAAAGAGGAAGCAGGAGCUGCAGCAGAGGAGAGAGCUGGAGCUGCAGCUGCAGCAGCAACAGCAGGAACUGAAGCAGAGGCAGCAGAUAAUGCAGUGGCAGCAAGAGCUUCAGCAGUCCACUAAAGGCCAGACUGUGGUGCUGUCCCCUUCCUCCGGCCUCUGCACCAUAUAUGAAGCCUUGGAGAGCAGCGACGAGGAGGAGGAGGCUGAAGGUGAAGGCCCCCUGGAGCAAAGCCCCAACACGGAGCGGCCACAUCCUGGACCACAUGCACAUGAGCAGGCGUGUCUGAGCGGAGGCAAGGCCACGUCUGCUCAAGCCAACCACCGGGACUCUCCUCUGGCUCACAGAGCCGCACCUCCUCCUCCUCCGGCCUCCGCCCAGGAUGGAGACGCCUCACCCCUUUGUCCUCCAGAGUCUCCGGAGCGGCCGCCGCCCCUCGACCUGGACUGGGGGAAGAAAGUGGACAUAGUCCAGCAGCUGAUCAAUCAGACGCUGCUGCUUAACGGAGACGCUUGCUCGUCCCUCCUGCUGUUGCCAGGAGGUGCAGGGGGGACGCUGAGCCCCCUGGAGAGCAGCCUGUGGCCCAGCCUGCUGCCCCCGCUCACCCCUCCCUCUGCCACCGUCACCUCCGUCAGCAGCUACUCCCCGGAGGCCACCGGCAGCUCUCCACAGGGGGAGUGGACGGUGGUGGAGCUGGAGACUCAUCACUAACGGGGGGGGGGGGGGCGCCACAGGGACAAAUGUUAGCAUUCCCACAUGUUGCUGAAGCUUCUCAGUCCUCCAGGUCAUGAUCAAUCCAAAAAAGGUUUAAACAAUAAAACUGGACUUCUAUUCUGAAGCUGAAGACGUUUCACUUCCCAUCCAGGAAGCUUUCUCAAUUCAGCAUGUCUGGAGUAGUGAGGAGUUCUAAGCUUUAUAGAGCUGAUGGUGAGGCCUCAUUAGAGCUUAGAUUACAUGUAGUAAUCUAAGAGAUUACAUGUAGAUUCACCUGGAACUGAUCACCCCAACAAUGGAGAGUGGUUAGGCUCAUGGUUAGCCUGGCUCACUGGAGGAAUGCUGUGGUCACGUGUGUGAAUUGGGGUGAAACUUGGCAGGAAUCAAACCUGAGUCCCUCUGAUCAAAGCUGUUUUUCUUCCCCUGGCUUUACGUAAAUGGC